CGCCAACGAGAUGCAUCUUUCAUCUACCUAUAAGAGUAUAGUUGCACAUCUCUUACAACAGUAUACACCGAACAAAUCCCCAUCAAGCAUCUGAUUGCGCAUAGUGCUAGUGAAUCAACAAUCUACGUAUAAUGCCGAGCCGCAAACGCGCGGCGCUAGGGGUCAUAGAUCUUACAGAUGAGUCUCAAAAUCGCAGUAACAAGCAAGUGUGUGGGUCAAAUGGACAAGUGCAACCACCUCCAAGUCAAAGUUCUUACGACGAGGACCUUGAGGCCUAUGGGGACGAGCUUAUCGCAGGCACCCAGGAAUAUAAUGAAGGCACUUGGCGACGAUUGCAGUUCUAUGGAACGCUGAGUACCAAGAUCGUAGGAGUGCAGUACUACGCAGGUCAGGCUACAGCGGGAGAACUGUUUUUAGUCCGACGCGAGCCGAAUAAUAUGUACGAUCGUAACGCCAUACGUGCCCUGAACGUAAGAGAGGAGCAAAUUGGUCACAUACCCAGAGCAGUGGCCGCAAAAUUGGCAAAGUACAUGGAUAGUAAUGCGUUGCGCAUUGAAGGGGGUAUUAACGGCUAUAUUGGCCAAUUUGAUUGCCCUAUCAAGCUAAAGCUCUAUGGCUCAUCAGACGAGGUCGUCAAGAGAGAUCUUGUGAACCAGAUGAGAGCCGAGAAGUUACCGUUAGACGGCAUUAGAGAAGCCGAGGCAGAGACGAGAAGAAAUGCUAAGCUGGAAGCAGGCAGGUUAAAAGAACUCCAGAAAUUGCAGCGCGAGGCGAAGAAGAACGGCGGCGCAGUUGUAGGUGGCCCGCAGCAAUAUGUAGGAGGCGGAUCUGUUGGAAUUGGCCCUACCCCAGACUUGACAGAUAUCAUCAACGGAAGUGAACGCUUUACUUCGCGGAGUGUGGGACAGAUGACCGAGGACUAUGGAAAAAGGGAGGCCGAUCUGGAAACCAUGCCGAUGGCAAAGCAGCCUGAGGCCCUUUCAGCGGAACUGCUACCGUUUCAAAGGCAAGGUCUGCAUUGGUUGCUAUCGAAAGAAUCACCUCAGGUGCCAGCUAAGGGAUCGAAUGAUAUUUGCCAGCUUUGGAAGCGAUCUAGUAGAGACCCUAAUAUCAUUACUAACAUCGCUACCAAUUUCAGCUUGAAGGGAAGCAGUCCUGCCAUGGCCAGUGGUGGAAUUCUUGCUGAUGAUAUGGGUCUGGGCAAAACAGUUCAAAUCAUAAGCUUAAUCGUCGCAGAUAGGGCUUUUCGGCAGCAAGACGGGCUCGAUACCUCCGCAACUUUGAUCAUCGCCCCCUUGGGAGUCAUGAGCAACUGGAGCUCACAAAUCGAGCGUCACGUGAAGACUAAGCAUAGACUACGAGUUAUGACCUAUCACGGUAAUAGAAAAUUGAAACUUGAUGCUAGCGAGAUCAAGAAUUACGAUGUGGUGAUUACCACAUACGGUACUGUAGCAACUGAAUACUGGAGUACAAAGCAACCCCAAGUUCCCAUGAAGCAAGGUCUGUUCUCUGUCGAAUGGCGUCGGGUAGUUGUGGAUGAGGGCCAUGGUUUGCGUAACCCCACCGCAAAGAAGACCGUUGCGGCGAUGAAUUUGAUGGCUCAAUCAAGAUGGAUUCUGACGGGGACGCCCAUUAUUAACACUCUCAAAGAUUUCUACAGUCUGACCAAAUUCAUCAGGCUAUCUGGAGGGCUUGACAGAUUUGAACUAUUCAAUGCAGCCAUCAUUCGACCUGUCAAUGCGGGUGACCCGCUUGGUAUUGGCUUACUCCAGACCCUCAUGCAGGACAUCUGCUUAAGGAGGAGGAAAGACAUGAAGUUUGUCGACUUGAAGCUGCCCAAAUUGACAGAGUAUGUCCACAAGAUUACCCUACUGGAGCAUGAGCAACAGAAAUACGAUGCACUAGAAGCCGAAGCCAAAGGAACGCUCAGUGAUUACCAGGCUCGACAAGCCAGUUCUGGCCAGAGCGCAAUGAAGGCUUAUCGCCACCUUCUCGAGAUCCUCAUCCGUAUGAGGCAACUCUGUAAUCACUGGAAAAUGUGUGGCGAAGAGCGCUUCAAGGAUAUCAUGGAGAUAUUGGAAAAAGAGAAAGUGCUUGAUCUUACCCCCGAGAACAAGGCGGCCUUGCAGUCCAUGUUACAGCUGAACAUUGAAAGCCAGGAAGACUGCCCCAUAUGUCUCGACAACCUCAAGGAGCCCGUAAUCACCUGCUGCGCACACAUUUUCUGCAACGCCUGCAUCGAAACGGUCAUCGACACGCAGCGAAAAUGCCCAAUGUGUCGUGCGGAGCUCCCUGCUAUCACCAGUCUUGUCCAUCCUGCGAAAGAGGAAAAGCCGCAGCAGUCUAAUAUUGACACAGAAAACAGCAGCAGCAAAGUCGAGGCCUUACUAUCCAUCCUUCGCGCAUCGAGUAAGAAGAUGGGGACCAAGACUGUUGUCUUUAGCCAGUGGACAACGUUUCUCGACAUUGUGCAGGCCCAGCUCGAUGAAGAAGGCUUCAAUUACACACGAAUCGACGGGCGGAUGACAGCCACUCAGCGCGACUCAGCCAUGGAUGAGUUGGAGAAGAACGAAGAAUGCACAAUUAUGCUGGCCAGUCUGGGUGUGUGCUCCGUCGGGCUGAAUCUAGUUGCUGCAAACCAAGUCGUGCUUGCAGAUACAUGGUGGGCCCCAGCAAUCGAAGACCAAGCCAUUGACCGUGUACAUCGACUCGGGCAAAAGAAGCCGACGACUGUGUUUCGACUCGUUGUUGAGGGUAGUAUUGAGGAGAAUGUGCUCCAGAUUCAAGGCGACAAGCGGAAGCUGAUGAACUUGGCGUUUGCGGAGAAGGCCGGAAAACGGGACGCCGGUGUGAAAAAUGCAAGGCUGGCGGAUAUCGAAAGGUUGCUUGCUUAGUACGUUGGCUUCUCGAACAAUAUGAUGUCGUAUGCUUUGGAGUAUAAAGGCGUUGUGUCAAGACAAAAGAGCUACAAACAGGGGUCUGCGGAAUUCGGGGUUCAACUAUGUAGUCUAUAUGUGCUUCUAAGCUUUCUCGGACUUCAUGCCUUGGAAUAACGACGAAGACACCAGUCACGUCACU